AUGAAGUGCCCCAGAUGUGGAUCGACAUCGAUCAAGCGAGACGGAAACGACUCGUCCUGUGCCAACUGUGGUGUUGUCGUUGACGACGCGCCUAUUGUGUCCGAGGUGACCUUCGGAGAGUCGUCUUCUGGAGCUGCCGUGGUGCACGGUUCGUUUGUGGGAGCCGACCAGUCCGGUAUCCGAAACAACAACUUCCACGGCGAGUCACGCGAGCUGACUUUACAGAAGGGCAAGAACCGAAUCACAGCGCUCGCACACGCCAUGGAUAUCCCCCAACAUAUCAUUGAAAAGGCCCAUCGGUAUUUUGUUCUAGCCGUCACCAAGAACUUUGUCAAGGGCCGACGGUCACAAUACGUGGUUUCGGCGUGUCUGUACGUUGCCUGCAGACGAGAACUGCGACAUGAAAUGCUUAUUGAUUUCGCAGACAAGCUAUUUUGCAACGUGUUUGCUAUCGGAACCACUUACCUGCAACUGCUCAAGACAUUGGACAUCAAGAACCUGCCACUGAUCGACCCGAGCAUCUACAUUCAGCGGUUUGCGUCCAAGCUCGACUUUGACAACGCAAAAAACGUGCGAAACGACGCGGUUCGACUUGUUCAGCGUAUGGGACGUGACUAUCUGGUUGAGGGUCGUCGUCCUGCCGGUAUCGCCGCCGCCGCAUUGCUGCUAGCAGCUCGAAUGAACAACCAGCGUCGGUCCAAGACGCAGAUUGCAUUUUACGCCAAGGUCGCGGAAGAAACGCUUCAACGACGUCUGGACGAGUUCAGACACACCGAGGCUGGUCGCCAGACCAUCUCAGUGUUCCGAAUGACCAACAUCGAGUCGCAGUCGGACCCGCCCUCGUACCAGAAGCAUCGAAAGCGGGAGCAGGAAGGUAUUGAGGAGAAGGUUCAGGACGAGAUUGACGCGGAGAUGGAGGAGAUGAUGGCGCAGAUGGUGGAGAAGAACGAAAACCCGGAGGAGCGGGCCAAGGAGGCGCUAUUUCUGGAAGACACUCCGCAGGAAAAGGCAGAGAGAACCGUUCAGAACAGAGCCCAGUAUAUCAUUGAAUACGAGCGAGAACGGCGUCGAAUGCUCAACGAGGAGGCUAACAAUGCCGCCACAGAGGCACUUCUGGCCAUGAAAACACCCCAUGAGCAGAUGAUGGAGGAUCAGCAGACAGCCGAGAAGGAAGGAGGCGACGCCAGACCUCCAGUGGUCGAGUCGUUAUCGGAUCUCGACGACGAUCCCGAAAUCGACUCCAUUCUGCUCAACGACGAGGAGCGUAACAUCAAGGAGGCCGUCUGGACCACCGUCAACAUGGAGUACCUGCAGGAACAGGAAACCAAGUUGUUGAAGAUCGAGGCCGACAAGGCCGCUGGAGUGUAUAAGGAGCCCAAGAAGCGAAAGCGACAGAAGCAAAAGGAUGGCGAGAAGCCUGCUCCUCCCAAGGACGCGGCCGAGAGUACUAAACAGAUGGUGCAGCAGCGAGCUCCUUCAAAGAAGAUCAACUACGAAAAGUUCUCCGGACUGUGGAGCAAGCGAAAGAAGUUGACUUGA